ACAGUGGGUGGUAUGAAUAAAAAUGAAGUACCUUCUAAUACUACAAGUAUUAGCAUUUUCUACAAAGUAUUUACUUCAAAUCUGAGAAGAAGCUACAUUUUCAAGUAGAUACUUUUUGUUUUACCGGAACUUACUAUAACAAGUAGUAUUUACUGAAAGUACCUACUUCUUGUAGUAGAUGCUACUAAUUUGAAGAGGAAUUUAGUAUAUGCUUGACUUUUGCGAAGUUGGUAUAAGUGCAACUUCAGAGAGAAUACUACGGUUAGUUUUGUUUAGUUUUCUUUGAAAAUGGAAGGAAUACGCAGCAGAAAAAUAUAUAAUGCAAGACGCCGCUAUCAUAAUGAUAUUUUAUAUCAUAAAAUAUUUCGGUUUAGUAGAGAAAACAUAUCUUACCUAGCGAAUAUAUUUCUCCCAGAAGUAAAUGAAACUCGAGGCGGUGCUCUUACACACAUCCAACAAAUGGAAGUAUUUUUAAGAAGCUUAGGAGACCCUGGAUUUCAGCUAGGCGUUGGACUUGAUGUUGGGAUUCAUCAAAAAACCGUUUCAAAAAUUAUUGAUAAGGUAUCACGUGAAAUCUGUAGCAAGAAAAAUCAGUGGGUUAAAUUCCCUGCUACGGGAGCUAUGUUCAAUAGAGCUAAAGAUGAAUGGGCAGCACAUAAUACAAUACCUCAUGUCAUUGGCGCCAUUGACUGCACUCACGUGAAAAUGAUAAAACCAUAUGUACAUUGUUUCUUAUAAUACAAGAAUAUAAAAUAAUACCA